AUGGCUGCCCUACUACUUAACAGAAACUCAUGUGAUAUAACAGAAGUAAACAGGAUAUAUCACUGUGAAUUUAAAUUAGUAACAGAUAAAGCCUUACCACAAAAACAUAGAGCAAUAAGGGAAAAUACCAUCACGGAGGCAUCAAAUAAAGAAAACCUUAAAGCAAUUAAGACAAGAAGUGCCACUGUUAGAAGAAUAUUGAAUAAGGAACUUCAUGCACCACUGACCCUUGUUGCAGAUGGACUGUUUUCAAAUUUAAGAAAGCAUCUGGUGCCCCGCAAGGCUAUAGUUACAUCUUAUUUUACUGGUACAGUUAUGAAGACUCCUCCAGAAUGGAAGACAACUAAGUUGAUAAUACUGACAUAUGAAACAAUCGUGGUGUAUUUCUAUCAGCUUUCUUCUACUGAAACCAGAAUAUUAAUAAACUUCAUAGGACAGCCUCCAAGAAACUUAAAGGAUUAUAUAAUGGAAAACGUUUACCCCCAAACACCUGAAGUGCUAAAAGACCCCUUACUCACAGCACUGCAGAAUGAACACUUGAAGAUUAUACCUACAAUGUACUUACCUGCUGUGGCUGUCAACAAACCAGGUGUCCUUAUUUUGGGUGAAGCAUACAAUAUCCGACAUCCUUUUACAGGAGGAGGAAUGAGUGUAAUUCUAAAUGACAUCAAAAUAUGGAGAGAAUUAUUGCAAGAAAUUCCAGAUUUAUAUGAUAAUGAAAAAAUCUUUCAGGCCAAACAGAAAUUCUACUGGUUAAGGAAGAAGUCGUGCUCCUUUGUGGUGAAUACUCUUUCUGAAUUACUGCAUAGACUUUUUACUACAUCAGAUGAUGCCCUGCUUCUUUUAAGGAAAGCUCUGUUCUGUUACUGCAACCUAAGUGAACAGCAUGCUUUGGGACCAGUUCUUCUCACAGCAGUGUUAGCAUCAAAGCCACUUGCACUGUUUAAGGUUAAUUCCGCCGUUGUACUAUAUGCAAUGUACCUUUCCAUCAAGUCAGAGCUAUGGUACACCAAACCACGUGGUGUCUGUAGGAGUAUUGCUGUGCUUUACAAGUCAAUGGCAGCUUCAGUUCCUCUCAUCUAUUCAGAAAUAAAGCAGCACAAUAAUUAAUUUUUGUCAACUAAAGAUUAUAACCAGCAUUUUGUAUGAUACUAUGGUAGCCAAUGUUCUGAAAAUAAAAUUCUUAAUACUAAA